UUUAUUAAUGGAGGUGGUGGGCGGCGCCUCGCAGUCCGGGGGGGUUCCGCAGGUGGGAAGGUGUGUGGAAGGGGACUCCCUGAGAAGACUGGAAGGAUGAGCUCGGGAACGCCGUACAUCGGGAGCAAGAUCAGCCUGAUCUCCAAGGCGCAGAUCCGCUAUGAGGGCAUCCUCUACACCAUCGACACCGAGAACUCCACUGUGGCCCUAGCCAAAGUACGAUCCUUUGGGACCGAAGACCGUCCGACCGAUCGUCCGGCACCACCUCGCGAAGAGGUUUAUGAAUAUAUCAUCUUCAGGGGUAGUGACAUCAAAGAUAUUACGGUGUGUGAGCCCCCUAAGGCCCAGCAUGCCUUGCCCCAGGAUCCAGCCAUUGUCCAGUCAUCAUUGGGCUCUGCUUCAACAUCGUCCUACCAGCAGUCGGUGCCUUACAGUCAGUUCCGUGGCAUGCCAUCGUAUGGUCAGCUGGCGGCCUCCUCCCUCCUUAGCCAGCAGUAUGCUGCGUCCCUGGGCCUUGAGAAGCUGGUAAGUCCUUCGGCCUCAGCCGCGGAAUCCAGCUCCUCCUCUUCCCCAUCUCCACAGCCUGCCCUGGCGGAUCCUGACAUACUGGCGGAGCCUCCGCACCUCACCUCAAAGGGUGGCUUCCCAUCUGUCCCGGUACGGAGGAGUCCAAUGGUGGAACAAGCGGUUCAGACUGGUCCAAUGGAGAAUCUGGCACAGAAGAAGGUGCAGCUGCCCAAAGGACCCCCCAUAAGCCAGCGAGGGAACAGACCGGGCCAGGCACUGGGGCAGGGACCAAGCCAGGCUCCAGCACCACCUGCACAGAUUAAUGUAUCGGCUCCUGCUACACAGGUACAGAAUACAGUGAAUGAUGAGAACAGACGACCCCCCAGACGGAGAUCAGGAAACAGACGGACAAGGAACCGUUCUCGGGGUCAGAACCGCCCAACGACUGUCAAGGAGAACACCAUAAAAUUUGAUGGAGACUUUGAUUUCGAGAGCGCCAAUGCUCAAUUUAAUCGCGAGGAACUGGACAAAGAAUUCAAAGAUAAGCUCAACUUCAAAGAUGACAAGCCGGAGAAGGAGGGGGAUGAGAAGGCAGAUUCCGGUGUGGAGACCCAAAAUAGUGAUGGGAACCCCGAGGAAGAACCUUUGGCACCAAAUAUUUACUAUGACCGGUCCAAGUCGUUCUUCGAUAACAUUUCCUCGGAGAUGAAAUCCAGAAGAACUACCUGGGCAGAAGAGAAAAAACUCAACACUGAAACCUUUGGGGUCUCUGGAAGGUUCCGUCGAGGACGCAGCUACCGCGGUGGAUUCAGGGGAGGACGGGGUGGCGCAGUUCCUCGAAGAACCCAGGCAACGCAAAGGGCCGGCACUGGGAGAGUGUGAAGACCUCUGCAACCACAAUGGACAGAAAAGGGGGGUUCUCAUGUCCCUAGACCGACCUGUCUUCCAUAAAUUUUCUUCCCUGACGCAUUGUAGCAGUCCUGUAACCCUGCGCCAGGCAGGCUUUAAAUCCUGCCAUUGCUUUUCAUCCAUGUAACACUGUAUAAGCCACAGAGCAGACUUGACUCAAGAGCUUGUGCAUAUGAGGAAUGAUCAAUGCUGAGACUAUGGGGGGGAUGGUAUGUGGCACUUUAGUUAAGGUGAGCAAUUAUGUUUUGUGCCCCCUAGCAAAAAAAAAAUCUUUUGAUUACUCUUUACCAAUCACUUUUUUGUUUUGGAAGGAAUGCAUUCCCCUUUGCAAGGGGGAGUUUUAAUGCCCUUUGGUCUGCACUCAGAUGAGUGAUAUGCUCACCAUUACACAAAUUUUUUUUUGGGGGGUUACCAUCCAAGCUUUUGACAUGAGAAAAUUGUACUAAAGCGUUAAGGGUGGCAGGCACUUAUUUUACCCCUCCGUUUUUGAUUUCCAAAGCACUUAGUACUGAGGUUACAGUACAGCCAGGUAAAAAAGGGUCCUGUAUGCAGAAAUA